AUGCCUCCUCCAAUCUACAAAUCAAUGUCCCUCCUCCUCCACAACCGCAAAUCCAACUCGGCCUUUCGCGCCCUCACCACCGCCCCCCCAGACGCCAUCGACUUCUCCUCCAACGACUUCCUUUCGCUCUCCAGCUCCCCGCUCUUCAAAGCCGCCUACCUGGAAGAGCUCACCACGUCCCCCCUCUUCCACCUCGGCAGCGGGGGUUCACGUCUCCUCGACGGCAACUCCGCCUACGCCGAAGGCAUCGAGGCCGACAUCGCACGUUUCCAUCACGCGGAGGCGGCGCUGCUGUUCAAUUCCGGCUUCGAUGCCAACGCGGGCUUCUUCGCGUGCGUGCCGCAGCGCGGCGACGUGGUUCUGUUUGACGAGUUUGUGCACGCGAGUGUGCACGAGGGCAUGCGAUUGUCGCGCGCGGGCGCGCGCAAGUCCUUCGCUCACAAUGACGUGAGCGACCUGAGGCUGAAGAUUGAGGAGGUGCGGCGAGGUGAUGAGAGAGUAAGGCGUGGGGAAGGGAAUGUGUUUGUGGCCGUGGAGAGUCUGUACUCGAUGGAUGGAGACCUGGCGCCGCUGGAGGAGAUCCUGGGUCUGGUGGAGGAGAUGCUGCCGAAUGGGAAUGGGCUGGUCGUCGUGGACGAGGCCCAUUCGAACGGGGUCUAUGGGUCGCAGGGGAGGGGAAUCGUGUGCAGCCUAGGACUUGAGAGCAGGUUUUUCGCCAGGUUGCAUACCUUUGGCAAGGGAUUAGCUUGCAAUGGAGCUGCGAUUCUUUGCUCGCCUUUAACUAGAGAGUACCUGAUCAACUAUGCGCGGCCGUUAAUCUACAGCACCUCGAUGUCUUUCCCUGGUCUGGCUGCCAUAAAAGUCAUGUAUUCUCUUAUGAAACAAGGAGUCACAGAACCGCUUAUUGUCCACCUAAAUGACCUCGUUGGGCACUUUUUCCAUCAGUUGUCUAUUCUCCAGCCCCGGAGUGGACGCGGAAUUGCGCUGCUGGAGCUCCCCAAAGAAGUCCCCCGAUCACCAAUCUUUGCGCUGUUGAGUCCGGAACCCCGGAGUUUAGCGAAGUACUGUCAAGAUGCUGGCUUCGUUGUCCGGCCCAUCUUUCCUCCCACUGUCCCUGAGGGUACGCAGAGGGUUCGCGUGUGUUUGCACGCUGGCAACACCUACGAGGACGUGAACAGGCUCGUUGCGAGAAUUGGAAGCUGGCUGGAAAUGAAAAGGGAGGCUGAAUCAAGUAAAGCCACAUUGAUCAAGGCUGUGCUAUGA